CAUUUCUCUCCCUCGACAAAAAAUAAUUAAGGAAAAUCCAAAAGCGAGCGAGAGAGAGAGAGAGAGAGAGCGAGGGAGCGAGGGAGCCGAAGCGCCAACGAAGAAACCCCUUGAACCCUCUUCGCGCCCUAACCUAUACAUACACUUCCACACGUAUCUGUCUAGCAAGCAUUAGUGAGCGAGAGAGCGAGUGAGUGAUCGAGAAAAUAAUAUGAGUCAGCCAUCGGUGCCUCCGCCGACGCAGGCGGUGAGCGGUGGUGGUGGGGUUCAGGUGCGGUGCGCCGGUUGCAAACUGAUCUUGACGGUGGCUGGGGGCGUGACGGAGUUCGUGUGCCCCACGUGCCAAUUGCCUCAGAUGCUGCCGCCGGAGCUUAUGAGAGUGCAGUUGAAGGUGGCUACCCCUCCGGCUCCGCCUCCGCUAGCUUCGUCGCAGCAGAACGUGCCGGCCCACGGCAUCGAUCCCACGAAGAUCCAGGUCCCCUGCGCACACUGCAAGGCCAUCCUCAAUGUGCCCCACGGUCUGGCCAGGUUCGCCUGCCCUCAGUGCGGCGUUGACCUCGCCGUCGAUUUGUCCAAGCUCAAGCAGCUGUUCCCUCCCCGUCCGCCUCCCGAGGAAGAAAAUGAGGUAGCUAUUGAAGUAGAGCGAGAAGAAGAUGAAGGUGGCAUGGUGGGAGAGACAUUUACGGACUAUCGCCCUCCAAAACUUUCUAUUGGACCUCUCCAUCCAGAUCCCAUUGUGGAGACAUCCUCCUUAUCUGCAGUGCAGCCACCUGAACCAACCUAUGAUCUAAAAAUCAAGGAUGACCUGGAAAGUUCCAAUUCUUUGUCAUGUUUGCAAAUUGAGACAUUGGUUUAUGCCUGUCAGAGACAUCUCCAUCACCUUCCCAAUGGUGCUAGGGCAGGAUUCUUUGUUGGAGAUGGAGCCGGUGUGGGUAAAGGUCGAACAAUUGCAGGAUUAAUAUGGGAAAAUUGGCACCAUGGUAGGAGGAAAGCCUUGUGGAUUUCUGUUGGUUCAGACUUGAAGUUUGAUGCAAGAAGAGACUUGGAUGAUGUGGGAGCAACUUGUAUUGAAGUGCAUGCUUUGAACAAGCUGCCUUAUUCUAAGCUUGAUUCAAAGUCUGUUGGGGUCAGGGAGGGAGUUGUGUUUUUAACAUACAGCAGCCUGAUAGCAUCUUCUGAGAAAGGUCGGUCUCGUCUGCAGCAGCUUGUGCAGUGGUGUGGAUCAGGAUUUGAUGCUCUUGUCAUAUUUGAUGAGUGCCACAAAGCCAAAAAUUUGGUACCUGAAGCUGGAAGUCAGCCAACGCGAACGGGUGAAGCUGUUCUUGACAUACAGGCUCGACUUCCUGAAGCUCGUGUUGUUUAUUGCUCAGCAACUGGUGCAUCCGAACCACGUAAUAUGGGUUAUAUGGUCCGCCUUGGUCUUUGGGGAGCUGGUACCUCUUUCCUAGAUUUCCGUGAUUUUCUAGGCGCUCUUGAAAAAGGGGGUGUUGGAGCACUGGAACUUGUUGCCAUGGACAUGAAAGCAAGGGGAAUGUAUGUAUGUCGUACACUUAGCUACAAAGGUGCGGAAUUUGAAGUUGUUGAAGCACCAUUAGAAGCUGAAAUGAUGGAAAUGUAUAAAAAAGCUGCAGAGUUUUGGGCAGAGUUACGUGUGGAGUUGUUGUCUGCAAGUGCAUUUCUAUCAAAUGACAAACCUAAUAGCAGUCAGCUGUGGCGAUUAUAUUGGGCAAGCCAUCAGCGUUUCUUCAGACAUAUGUGUAUGUCAGCUAAGGUGCCUGCUACUGUAAGACUAGCUAAGCAAGCAUUGAUGGGAGAUAAGUGUGUGGUGAUUGGCCUUCAGAGUACUGGAGAGGCUCGGACUGAGGAAGCUGUGACAAAAUAUGGUAUUGAACUUGACGAUUUUAUUUCUGGGCCUCGAGAACUUUUGCUGAAGUUUGUGGAGGAAAAUUAUCCUCUGCCAGAAAAGCCUGAACCUCUGCCAGGAGAGGAAAGUGUUAAGGAGCUUCAACGGAAAAGGCACUCAGCAACUCCUGGUGUCUCAUUAAAAGGGAGGGUUAGGAAAGUUGCAAAAUGGAAACCUGCAAGUGAUGGUGAAAGUGAUGAAGAAUCUGAAACUGAUUCUGCUCAUACUGAAUCUGAUGACGAGUUUCAGAUCUGUGAGAUUUGCAACACUGAAGAGGAAAGUAAGAAAUUGCUCAGAUGUUCCUGUUGUGGCCAACUUUUCCAUCCUGCUUGUUUAGUCCCACCUGUCAUAGACCUAGUAACCGGAGAUUGGUCCUGUCAUUCUUGCAAGGAAAAAACAGAUGAAUAUCUUCAAGCAAGAGAUGCCUAUCUAGCUGAUCUUUUGAAGAGGUAUGAAGCGGCUCUGGAGCGUAAGACCAAAAUUUUGGAGAUAAUUCGUUCUUUGGAUCUUCCAAACAAUCCUUUAGAUGACAUUAUCGAUCAGCUUGGAGGGCCUGAUAAAGUGGCAGAAAUAACAGGGAGGCGAGGCAUGCUUGUAAGGGCCUCUAGUGGAAAAGGUGUUACUUAUCAGGCACGGAACACAAAAGAUGUUACCAUGGAGAUGGUCAACAUGCAUGAGAAACAGCUCUUUAUGGAUGGUAAGAAGUUUGUUGCGAUCAUCUCUGAAGCAGGGUCAGCUGGUGUUUCUUUGCAGGCAGAUAGAAGAGCUGCAAAUCAGAAAAGAAGGGUUCAUUUAACACUAGAACUUCCGUGGAGUGCUGACCGAGCAAUUCAACAGUUUGGAAGAACUCAUCGGUCAAAUCAAGCUUCUGCACCUGAAUACAGGCUACUCUUCACUACUCUUGGUGGAGAACGCCGAUUUGCAUCAAUUGUUGCCAAGAGAUUAGAAUCUCUUGGUGCUUUAACACAGGGAGACCGCAGGGCAGGGCCGACUUUGAGUGCUUAUAAUUAUGAUAGUGCUUAUGGAAAGAGGGCACUUAUGGUGAUGUAUAAAGGGAUCAUGGAGCAGGAUUCUCUGCCAGUUGUGCCUCCUGGAUGUUCAUCAGAAAAACCAGAUACAAUCCAGGAUUUUAUUGUGAAGGCAAAAGCUGCUCUUGUGUCUGUAGGAAUAGUUAGGGACACAGUUAUUGCUAAUGGAAAAGAUUCUGGAAAGUUGUCUGGCCGUAUUGUUGAUUCGGACAUGCAUGACGUCGGACGUUUCCUCAAUCGGAUUUUAGGACUGCCGCCUGAUAUUCAGAAUAGGCUGUUUGAGUUAUUUAUCAGCAUCUUGGAUCUCCUUAUUCAGAAUGCACGCAUUGAAGGAAAUCUUGACUCAGGCAUUGUUGAUAUGAAAGCUAAUGUCAUUGAAUUACAAGGAACUCCGAAGACUGUUCAUAUGGAUCAAAUGUCUGGGGCAUCAACAGUGCUGUUUACUUUCACUCUUGAUCGUGGAAUCACAUGGGAGUCUGCAAGUACCAUGCUUGACGAGAAGCGAAAGGAUGGGCUUAGUUCACCACAUGAUGGAUUCUAUGAAUCUAAAAGGGAGUGGUUGGGGAGACGCCACUUCACUUUAGCAUUUGAAAGUUCUGCAUCUGGAAUGUUUAAGAUAGUCCGUCCAGCUGUUGGGGAGUCACUAAGGGAAAUGUCUCUGGCAGAGCUUAAAAACAAGUACCGUAAAAUAUCAUCUUUAGAGAAGGCUCGUAGUGGUUGGGAAGAUGAAUAUGAAGUAUCAUCUAAACAGUGCAUGCAUGGCCCCAAUUGUAAGCUUGGCAACUUCUGUACAGUUGGCAGAAGAAUACAGGAAGUAAAUGUAUUGGGUGGGCUUAUCCUUCCCGUGUGGGGCACUAUUGAGAAGGCCCUUUCUAAGCAGGCCCGCCAUAGCCACAAGCGGCUCCGUGUGGUGCGUAUAGAAACUACUACAGAUAAUCGGCGAAUAGUUGGGCUUCUUGUCCCCAAUGCAGCAGUUGAAUCUGUGCUUCAAGAUCUAGCAUGGGUACAAGAUAUCGACGAUUGAGAUGUGUGCAAGUUUUUUGCUCAAAAUAGAGAGCUGUUUGUAUCCGUUCUCUCUCCUGCCAAGAUGCAACAGUUUUGAAGCGGGGAAUAUAGUUUAUGUUUCAAGGAGCCCGUGCAGGCCUCACACUGAAGAAGAGAAGAGGGAGGAGUGAGGAAGAAAUAGAAAAAGAGGAUAUCUCUGCACCAUCUAACAGCAUCGUGCAGUCUCAUUCAUUUUGAUUUUUUUGAUUCGGGCUUCAAUUUUUUGCGACAAUUUUGUAUAUUAUCAACAUUGUCACGAAAGGUGAAAGACAACAGUUUACUAGGCUGUAAUGAUAAUAGUUCUGCUUGAACUAAUUUGUAUGAGUCAAAAUACUAUUUUAUUCAAAGAACAAAUUAAAUUGAAAUUCCUCUU